AUGGCGGCAAUGUACAACCAUCGGUCGUCCGAGCAGGCAUCGUCGCCGCCGAUGUGGACGCCGACAAUGUGGGCACCGACGAUGUGGACACCGAUAAUGUGGGCACCGACGAUGUGGACGCCGAUAAUGUGGACGCCAACGUUCGAAACCGCGAGUGCUCAUACCGCCACUCUAGACCCGUUCUCUGGCCCGGCAGGCGCUGUCACCAGAGACUUCGACCCUUACCGUAAGACGUUCUUUGAUCUGGCGUCGACGCUCGAAACUGCCAUGGCUGACACCACCACUCUAGACCCCUUCCCCAGUCCGACAGACGCUGUCAACAGAUUCACUGACCCUCGCCGCAAGACGUCCUUUGAUCUGGCGUCGACGUUCGAGACUGCCAUGGCUGACACCACCACUCGAGACCCGUACUCUGGUCCGACAGAUGCUAUCAUCGUAUCCCCCGCCCCUUACCGCAAGACGUUCUUCGAUCUGGCGCCCGAGGCCCGCGUCGAAGUGUACCGCCAGUUGUUCAAAGGCCACGUCAUCAUGAUCCGCGGACAAGAUGAGAUCAUUGUGAGAAGACGCCGGGAAAAGAAGAAGAGAUUUGAACGAGACCACGCCAUGGGGCUGAACAUCCUGUUUGUGUCGAAAGCUUGUCUGGCCGAAGCGAAACCGGUGGCCCUCUCAGUGGCCACUUUCGACAUCAACUUCACGAGCAUGCUCCGCAACGGAACUGAGAAAUACCUGCGAAAGCUCCAGAACUUCGGCCGUCCGGAGCUCGCCCUCGUUCGCACGAUCGACUUGCCCAAGGUUCCUCACGCGACGGAAGGUCUCGCCUACCAGCUCUCGGCAAUGCCCUUCCUCCACGAUGUCGUUUGGAACGUUCCAGAAGAAUUUGUCGUCCGUGGCCGACAUCAGGUGCAGAUCGAAUCUCAUCCCGUGUUGACUGGGCUCGCGAACGAGCUUCGCGAUGUCUAUCCCUGGGACUCCCCGGUUCACAAGAUCAUCAAGCGACAUGUGCAGGAGUCGGCAAUGAGGGUGAGAAAGCCAGCGAGAUACCUAUUCAAGCUCCGCCUGCGGCUCUGGUCGUUGUCCAAAGACUUCAGCUCGACUCUUAUUGCCUACGCCGACUUUCUGACCGAGACCAUUCACGUUGUCGACGCAACAGACGAGAAAAAGAUCGUGGUGCCAAAGCGAGCUGAACCAAGCCUGUUAACUGUGUUGCAUUGA